CUCUGCGACAUGACGCUUAAACACAACGAUGAUGAGAAGAAAGAAAGCUAGGGGAAAGGACAGCAAAAGAGAGACACCCGCCACAACACCACGGCAGCGUGUUCGUGGUGUCGGUGCUGUCGCUGGCGUUGCGGUGGUUGUGGUUGCUGUUGUGCUCGGUGUCUUGUGGCAUGAGGAAGGCAGUGUGGUGAAGCAGUCCAGUGGCCCCAUCAGCCAGGAACACCCACAAGCGGUGGUUCGCGGCAGUGCUGCUGCUGCUGCUGCCUCUGGUGUGGUGAUUGUUGAUGUGUCGGCGCAUCCACACCGCUUUGCAGAUGAGGUGGCGUCGCACCAGGAGCCCGUCAUCGUGCGUGGCAGCAACAUCGACCAGUGGCACGCAAAGCACUGGUCCAUUGCGGCCCUUGACGCCCACUUCCCUUCCAUCCGCGGCUGGUACAGCCAUACGGAUGCGACGUUUGGGCCCUACUAUGACAGCACGCGGCUGUUGGCGGCCGUGGUCAGCCCGAGCAACACAUACAGCACAGGCAGGACAUUCAGCCCUGGGUGCGUGCUGCCAUCUCCACCAGACACAGCACCAGGCACGCACGGACAGAGCGGCAGCGGCCAACAGGACGCAAGCGACCGCUUCAAGUACCUCAGCAUCGAGACAGUGAAGCUGGACCCGGCAUUGGAGGACGACCUAGAACCGCUACAGGAGGCGAUAUCGCUGUUUCCAUCGCGCAGCUCCAUCAAUCUCUGGCUUGGCCAGGCCGGCGUGCGUGCACACUGCCACUUUGACGGCUACCACAACUUUUACUUGCAGAUUGAGGGCCGCAAGACAUUCUACAUGUUUCCCCCUGAUGCCGUGGCCCACCUUGGUGUGUAUCCAUUCCUGCACCCACAACACGCACAAGCACGUGCUAACCUCACUGAUCCAGACGUCUUCGCGUCCAUUACCGCCAAGCACAGGCCCGUUGUCGCUCACUUGGCGCCUGGCGAUGUCCUUUACGUGCCGCCGCUCUGGUGGCACUACGUCGUGGCGGAGACGCCAUCACUGUCUGUGAACGUAUGGACAGAGACGAAGCAGACGGGUGCAAUGGAAGGGGUAACGUCGGAAACCAUGUCACUGCUGCAGGCGCUGAUACCGGCGCUGUCAAGUGUUCGCAUGCCAGCGGCCAUGGCGCGUCAUGCACAGGCGGCGUUCCUUCAGCGCAUCGCACUCCUCAUCUCCACCAUAGCGGCCGUUCAUGUUGAAUGCCAGCCCCUCGUUGCAUCUGCACGUGCCACAGCACCCGCCUAUCUCGCAGAAUACCAGCACCAGCACCACCAGCACCAGCACCAGCACCAGCAGCAGGAACAGGAACAACAGCAGCAGCAGCAAAGAGACGGGACCCACGUCCAGCCAAGAAGUGGCGAGGACACCCCCAUUGGUGGUGAUGACCAUGCGGGCGGCGACGAGGCUGCAACAGAUCAUGAGCACUUGGCAGCGUUGUGGGAGCGGUGCCGCGCACACGUUCCGGAGGAGAGCGCGGAAAUGGACGCAGUGGGAGGCGCCGCUGCCUGCAUUGCGCUGGUGCUUGGGCACCGCUACAACAACGACGAUGUACUGGCCACACUGCACGCCUCUAUUGUACGGCGUGCUCAAAGCAACCUGCAGCACCUGCUUCCACUACAAGCGGAGCUGCACGAGUAUGCCGCGUCCAUCCUCAAGCAACUCACAAGGACAACCACCACCACCACGGCAAGGGACCCCACAGACGCACGUGGUUCCUCCUCGCUUUUGGCUGCACAGCGGGUGUGUGCGGCUGUGUUGAAGCUGCCUGCGUCCACGCGUCCGCUCUGGCUUGGCAACUGGAUUGAGACGCUCCUGGCAGCCCUGACGUACACCGACACCAACCAACACCGCAACCACCACCAAACACAACACCACCACCACGCCAACCUCCUGCUGGCUUCAUUGCUGUUAUCCGCACCAUAAACUGUAGUGGUGGC